AUGUAUAAAAAACUCAUCGAUUUCCUCGGCGAGGCUCUAACGGAGACGACGACAAAGAACGAACGGCGGAGGAGAGAAGCCUCACCGGAACCAAUCGAUCUUCCACCAGAGAUCAUCAGAGAAAUCCUCAUCCGCUUACCAGCCAAAUCAAUCGGUAGAUUCAGGUGCGUCUCAAAGCUCUUCUCCUCCUUAUCAUCAGAUCCAAACUUCGCAAAGAGCCAAUUAAAUCUCACCAUCCGAAACGACACCGUUCACCGAAAACUAAUCGUCUCAUCACAUAAUCUCUACGCAUUAGACUUCGAUGGAAUCAGGAUCAGAGAUUUGGUAGCUAAGGAGCUUGAUUAUCCGCUCAAGGACGAUCCGAGUAAUUUCAAUGAGAUGAUUAAUAGUUACGUGAGAGAGAAUCGUGUAAUGAUUAGGCUUAAUCCUGAACCGUAUCGAAGAAACUGGGUUGAGAUCAUCGGAUCUUCACACGGAUUAAUGUGUAUUUCGCCGUGUGAAGGAGCUUUGUUCUUGUAUAAUCCAACCACCGGAGAAUCAAAGAGAUUACCUCAUAAGAUCACCGGAGAAGAGUUUCAAACUCACGGAUUUGGAUUCGAUGAUGUAACUGAUGAUUACAAAGUAGUGAAUCUUGUUGCUGAGAGUGACAAUGUUCUCAACGUUAGCGUCUAUUCUUUAAAGUCUGACACGUGGAGACGGUUACGCGAUUUGAAUUACGAACAUAAGGAUUGUUUCAGCUCCGGUGUGACUCUUAAUGAUGCUGUUCACUGGGUGUUUACUAACCAUAAUAACGAGAGAGUUGUUUUAGCGUUUGAUGUUAAAACGGAGGAGUUUCGGGAGAUGUUGUUGCCUGGUGAAGCUGAGGAUUGUGGUCAUAGUUAUAGGAACUUUGUUGUUGGGGAUCUCAAUGGGCGGUUGUGUUUGGUUUAUAGUUGCUACGAGGUGCAUGAUGAUGUUUGGGUGAUGGAUGAGUAUGGUGUUGAGAGUUCUUGGAGAAGGAUUCGGAUUAGUUUGUUGUAUAGGUCGAUGAAGCCGUUGGGUUCGAGUAAGGAUGGUGAGGAGGUUCUUUUGGAGAUUGAUGGAGACAUGGUGUUGUAUAAUUUCUCGAGUCAUGCGUCGAGGUAUCUUGGGAUUCGUGGUGUGAAGCUUAGUGAUGGGUUUGAGGCUGAUGCUUACGUAGAGAGUCUCAUAUCGCCUAACUCGUAUGGGUUUGUGAACUGAGCCUGAGGGGACACUUUGUGAUUUACAAGUUGAAGAAAGUUGUAUAUUCUCUAUGUUAUAUCUAUGAACAAAACCAUAUCCAAAAAGCAAAGCUGUGCAUUGUAACAUGAUUAGUGAGAACAGUAAAAGCUUAAUGAUGAUAAUACAAUACAUGACAUCUCUCUAAAAAUGUCUGAAU